AUGAUCGCCGCGGCUUUCCUCGUCUUGCUGAGACCCUACAGCAUCCAAUGUGCCCUCUUCCUCUUGUUGCUUCUGCUGGGCACAAUCGCCACCAUCGUCUUCUUUUGCUGCUGGCACCGCAGGCUCCAGAAAGGGAGGCAUCCGAUGAAAUCGGUCUUUUCGGGUCGUUCAAGGAGCCGAGAUGCUGUUAUGAGAUCCCACCACUUUCGUUCUGAGGGAUUCAGAGCGAGCCCUCGGCAUCUCAGAAGACGAGCUGCAGCGGCCGCGGCUGCUCGCCUGGAAGAAGCCAAGCCUGUGGUGGAGGUUCACCACCAGAGUGAGCAAGAGAUUUCCGUGAGGAAACGAAGAAUCAAGAGAAACAGCCGAGUCCAGCCAGAAUUCUAUCACUCCGUCCAAGGUGCUUCAACCAGAAGGCCUAGUUCCGGGAACGCGUCCUAUCGCUGCUCUAUGUCUUCCUCUGCGGAUUUUUCUGAUGAGGAUGAUUUCAGCCAGAAAUCUGGCUCCGCAUCUCCAGCUCCGGGAGACACCUUACCCUGGAAUUUGCCUAAACAUGAGAGAUCAAAAAGAAAGAUUCAUGGGGGCUCAGUGCUGGACCCCGCUGAGAGGGCAGUGCUUAGGAUAGCAGAUGAACGGGACAAAGUUCAAAAGAAAACGUUUACAAAAUGGAUAAAUCAGCAUCUCAUGAAGGUUCGAAAACAUGUGAAUGAUCUCUAUGAAGACUUAAGGGAUGGACACAAUUUAAUCUCUCUUUUAGAGGUUCUUUCAGGAGAUACCUUGCCCAGAGAAAAGGGUCGGAUGCGUUUUCACAGACUACAGAAUGUACAAAUUGCACUUGACUAUUUGAAAAGACGCCAGGUGAAAUUAGUGAAUAUUAGAAAUGAUGACAUAACAGAUGGAAAUCCCAAAUUGACUUUGGGAUUAAUAUGGACAAUAAUUUUGCACUUUCAGAUAUCUGAUAUCCAUGUUACUGGAGAGUCAGAGGACAUGUCUGCUAAGGAGAGAUUGCUCCUGUGGACACAGCAGGCAACAGAGGGUUAUGCUGGAAUACGGUGUGAGAAUUUCACUACCUGCUGGAGAGAUGGAAAACUAUUUAAUGCCAUCAUUCAUAAAUACAGGCCGGACCUGAUAGACAUGAAUACUGUUGCUGUUCAAAGCAACCUUGCAAAUUUAGAGCACGCUUUUUAUGUAGCAGAAAAAAUUGGUGUUAUAAGACUUCUGGAUCCUGAAGAUGUUGAUGUCUCCUCACCUGAUGAAAAAUCAGUAAUAACUUACGUGUCAUCUCUCUAUGAUGCAUUUCCCAAAGUCCCUGAAGGUGGCGAAGGUAUUGGUGCAAAUGAUGUUGAAGUCAAAUGGAUUGAAUACCAGAAUAUGGUGAACUACCUCAUUCAGUGGAUUAGACACCAUGUGACCACAAUGUCUGAGAGAACAUUUCCUAAUAAUCCUGUGGAACUAAAGGCACUUUAUAAUCAGUAUUUACAGUUUAAAGAAACAGAAAUUCCACCAAAGGAGACAGAAAAAUCAAAAAUCAAACGCCUAUAUAAGUUAUUAGAGAUUUGGAUAGAAUUUGGACGUAUCAAACUACUGCAAGGUUAUCAUCCAAAUGACAUUGAGAAAGAGUGGGGGAAACUCAUUAUUGCCAUGCUUGAGAGGGAGAAGGCCCUUCGCCCAGAAGUAGAAAGGUUGGAAAUGUUGCAGCAGAUUGCCAACCGAGUUCAAAGGGACAGUGUCAUCUGUGAAGACAAACUGAUACUUGCCCGAAAUGCUCUCCAGUCUGAUUCUAAAAGAUUAGAAUCAGGGGUGCAGUUUCAGAAUGAAGCAGAAAUUGCCGGGUAUAUACUUGAAUGUGAGAACCUUUUACGCCAGCAUGUAAUUGAUGUACAGAUUCUCAUUGAUGGAAAAUACUACCAGGCAGAUCAGUUGGUGCAGAGGGUGGCAAAACUGCGUGAUGAAAUUAUGGCCUUAAGGAAUGAAUGUUCCUCCGUAUACAGCAAAGGACGCAUGCUGACAAUGGAACAGACGAAACUCAUGAUAUCAGGAAUUACUCAAAGUUUAAACUCAGGAUUUGCACAGACCUUAAACCCCAGUCUGAACUCAGGGCUGACCCAGGGUUUAACGCCCUCCCUGACCCCUUCUAGUGUGACAUCAGGCCUGUCAUCAGGUCUGACUUCCCGCCUGACUCCAUCUGUCACUCCGGCUUAUACACCUGGUUUCCCAUCAGGCGGAUUAGUUCCAAGUUUCAGUUCAGGAGUAGAGACCAAUUCAUUGCAAACUCUGAAGUUGAUGCAGAUCCGAAAGCCCCUUCUAAAGUCGUCUUUGCUGGAUCAGAAUUUAACAGAAGAGGAAGUCAACAUGAAAUUUGUUCAGGAUCUUUUGAAUUGGGUUGAUGAGAUGCAGGUACAGCUGGACCGCACUGAGUGGGGAUCGGAUUUGCCAAGUGUUGAAAGCCAUUUAGAAAAUCAUAAAAAUGUUCACCGAGCUAUUGAAGAAUUUGAAUCUAGCCUCAAAGAAGCUAAAAUCAGUGAGAUUCAAAUGACGGCACCUCUGAAACUAACUUAUGCUGAAAAGUUACACCGAUUAGAGAGUCAGUAUGCAAAACUCUUGAAUACAUCCCGGAAUCAGGAACGGCACCUUGAUACGCUCCAUAAUUUUGUAACUCGUGCAACUAAUGAACUUAUUUGGCUGAAUGAAAAAGAAGAAGAGGAAGUUGCUUAUGACUGGAGCGAAAGAAAUACCAACAUAGCUCGGAAAAAAGAUUACCACGCUGAAUUAAUGAGAGAAUUGGAUCAAAAGGAAGAAAAUAUUAAAUCAGUUCAGGAGAUUGCAGAGCAGCUACUUUUGGAAAAUCACCCAGCCCGACUGACGAUUGAGGCAUACCGAGCGGCCAUGCAGACGCAGUGGAGCUGGAUCUUGCAGCUGUGCCAGUGUGUGGAGCAGCAUGUAAAGGAGAACACCGCAUAUUUCGAGUUUUUCAAUGAUGCCAAAGAAGCUUCUGAUUACUUAAGGAAUCUAAAGGAUGCCAUUCAGCGGAAGUACAGCUGUGAUCGAUCAAGCAGCAUUCACAAGCUGGAAGACCUUGUUCAGGAGUCAAUGGAAGAGAAAGAAGAACUUUUGCAGUAUAAAAGCACAAUAGCAAGCCUGAUGGGGAGAGCAAAAACAAUAAUUCAGCUGAAGCCAAGGAAUCCUGACUGUCCACUCAAAACUUCUAUUCCGAUCAAAGCUAUCUGUGACUACAGACAAAUUGAGAUAACCAUUUACAAAGACGAUGAGUGUGUUUUGGCCAACAACUCUCAUCGUGCUAAAUGGAAGGUCAUUAGCCCUACUGGGAAUGAGGCUAUGGUCCCAUCCGUGUGCUUCACAGUUCCUCCACCAAACAAAGAAGCAGUUGACUUUGCCAACAGAAUUGAGCAACAGUAUCAGAGUGUCCUGACUCUUUGGCACGAGUCUCACAUAAACAUGAAGAGUGUAGUGUCCUGGCAUUAUCUCAUCAAUGAAAUUGACAGAAUUCGAGCUAGCAAUGUGGCCUCAAUAAAGACAAUGUUACCUGGUGAACAUCAGCAAGUUCUCAGUAACCUACAAUCUCGUUUUGAAGAUUUUCUGGAAGAUAGCCAGGAAUCUCAAAUAUUUUCGGGCUCAGAUAUAACACAACUGGAGAAGGAAGUUAAUGUAUGUAAACAGUAUUAUCAGGAACUUCUUAAAUCAGCAGAAAGAGAGGAGCAAGAGGAAUCCGUGUAUAAUCUCUACAUCUCUGAGGUCCGAAACAUUAGACUUCGGUUAGAGAGUUGUGAAGAUCGGUUGAUUAGACAGAUCCGCACUCCACUGGAAAGAGAUGAUUUGCAUGAAAGCGUGUUCAGAAUCACGGAGCAGGAGAAACUAAAGAAAGAAUUGGAGCGACUUAAAGAUGAUUUGGGAACAAUCACAAAUAAAUGUGAAGAAUUUUUCAGUCAAGCAGCAACCUCUGCAUCAGUUCCCACCUUACGAUCUGAGCUCGGUGUGGUCAUUCAGAACAUGAACCAAGUCUAUUCUAUGUCUUCUACUUACAUAGAGAAACUGAAAACUGUUAAUUUGGUGUUAAAAAACACUCAGGCAGCAGAAGCCCUUGUAAAACUCUAUGAAACUAAACUGUGUGAAGAAGAAGCAGUUAUAGCCGAUAAGAAUAAUAUCGAGAAUCUGAUAAGUACUUUAAAGCAAUGGAGAUCUGAAGUAGAUGAAAAGAGAGAGGUAUUCCAUGCAUUAGAGGAUGAGUUGCAGAAAGCUAAAGCCAUCAGUGAUGAAAUGUUUAAAACAUAUAAAGAACGGGACCUUGAUUUUGACUGGCACAAAGAAAAAGCAGAUCAAUUAGUUGAAAGGUGGCAAAAUAUUCAUGUUCAGAUUGACAACAGGUUACGGGACUUAGAAGGCAUUGGCAAAUCACUGAAGUACUACAGAGAUACUUACCAUCCUUUAGAUGAUUGGAUUCAGCAAGUUGAAACUACCCAGAGGAAGAUUCAGGAAAACCAGCCUGAAAAUAGUAAAACUCUAGCCACACAGUUGAAUCAACAGAAGAUGCUGGUGUCUGAAAUAGAAAUGAAACAGAGCAAAAUGGAUGAGUGUCAAAAAUACGCAGAACAGUAUUCAACUACAGUGAAGGAUUAUGAGUUACAAACAAUGACCUACCGGGCCAUGGUAGAUUCACAGCAGAAAUCUCCAGUGAAACGCCGAAGAAUGCAGAGCUCAGCAGAUCUCAUUAUUCAAGAGUUCAUGGACCUAAGGACCCGACACACUGCUCUGGUCACCCUCAUGACACAAUAUGUUAAAUUUGCUGGUGAUUCAUUAAAGAGGCUGGAAGAGGAGGAGAGGUCAUUGGAAGAAGAAAAGAAAGAACAUGUUGAAAAAGCCAAAGAAUUGCAGAAAUGGGUAUCAAAUAUCAGCAAGACAUUGAAAGAUGGUGAGAAGGGUGGAAAAUCUACCUUCUCUAAACAAAAGAUUUCCAGUGAAGAAAUAUCAACCAAAAAGGAGCAAUUAUCUGAAGCACUUCAAACCAUGCAGCUAUUUUUGGCAAAACAUGGAGACAAAAUGACAGAUGAAGAAAGAAAUGAAUUGGAAAAACAAGUGAAAUCUCUUCAAGAAAGUUAUAAUUCUUUCUUCAGUGAAUCUCUGAAACAACUACAAGAAUCACAAACCUUAGGAGAUAAAAAGGUAGAGGAGAAGAUCGUGGCAGAACGUCAGCAAGAGUACAAAGAGAAACUCCAAGGAAUAUGCGAUCUCCUCACCCAGACUGAAAACCGCCUCAUUGGUCACCAGGAAGCCUUCGUGAUUGGAGAUGGCACAGUUGAGUUAAAGAAGUAUCAGUCCAAGCAGGAGGAAUUACAGAAAGAUAUGCGAGGAAGUGCACAGGCUUUGGCAGAAAUAGUGAAAAAUACGGAGAAAUUCUUAAAAGAGAAUGGCGAGAAGCUAUCACGAGAAGAUAAAGCUUUGAUUGAGCAAAAACUCAAUGAAGCCAAGUUUAAGUGUGAACAGCUUAAUCUAAAGGCAGAACAAUCCAAAAAGGAGCUGGAUAAAGUUGUGACAACAGCAAUCAAAGAAGAAACUGAAAAGGUGGCGGCUGCAAAGCAACUGGAAGAGAGCAAAACCAAAAUAGAAAACCUUCUGGACUGGCUCUCCAACGUGGACAAAGACUCUGACAGAGCAGAGGUCAAACAGAGACAGGUCAUUGAACAGAAUGGAACUCAUUUUCAAGAAGGCGAUGGCACGUUGGUGAUGGGAGAGGAGGAUGAGGUUAAUGGUAACCUGUUGGAAACUGAUGUUGAUGGACAAGUUGGAACCACUGAGGAGAAUCUGAACCAGCAGUACCAGAAAGUUAAGGCCCGACACGAGAAGAUCGCCUCUCAGCACCAGGCCGUCCUCGUGGCCACGCAGGCUGCACAAGCCUUGCUCGAUACACAGGGCCACCAUCUGUCUCCCGAGGAGAAAGAGAAACUGCAGAAGAACAUGAAGGAACUGAAAGCACACUAUGAAGCCGCGCUGGCCGAGUCAGAGAGGAAGAUGAAGUUGACUCACUCUCUGCAGGAGGAACUGGAGAAGUUUGACGCCGACUACAGCGAGUUCGAGCACUGGCUGCAGCAGUCAGAGCAGGAGCUGGAAAACCUGGAGGCAGGCGCAGACGACCUCGGCGGCUUGCUGACCAAGCUGAAGCGGCAGAAGAGUUUCUCAGAGGAUGUCAUUUCUCACAAAGGGGACUUGAGGUACAUCACGAUUUCUGGAAACAGAGUGUUAGAAGCGGCCAAAUCUUGCAGCAGGAGAAGCGGCAGCGGCAAGGCUGCCCAGGAAAGCAUCGAUACUUCGGCGACCCACAGAGAAGUCCAGGGCAAGCUGGAUCAUGCCACCGAUCGGUUCAGGUCUCUCUACUCGAAGUGCAAUGUCCUUGGGAAUAACCUUAAAGACCUGGUGGAUAAAUAUCAACACUAUGAAGAAGCUUCAUGUGGACUCCUUUCUGGGCUCCAGGUCUGUGAGGUCACAGCGAGCAAACACUUAUCUGAACCCAUCGCUGUGGACCCUAAAAAUCUGCAAAGGCAGUUAGAGGAGACCAAGGCUCUGCAAGGACAGAUAUCAAGUCAGCAGGUUGCUGUAGAGAAACUGAAGAAAACAGCUGAAGUGCUUUUAGAUGCUAGAGGAUCUCUGCUUCCAGCCAAGAAUGACAUCCAAAAAACACUGGAUGACAUUGUUGGGAGAUAUGAUGAUCUAUCCAAGUCUGUUAACGAACGAAAUGAAAAACUGCAGAUAACCUUGACCCGCUCACUGAGUGUGCAGGAUGGCCUGGAUGAAAUGCUGGACUGGAUGGGAAGUGUGGAAAGUUCUCUGAAAGAGCAAGGUCAAGUGCCCUUGAACUCUGCUGCUCUCCAGGAUGUCAUCAGUAAAAACAUUAUGUUGGAACAGGAUAUCGCAGGUCGUCAGAGCAGCAUAAAUGCCAUGAACGAAAAACUGAAGAAAUUCAUGGAAACCACAGAUCCAUCCACUGCCUCCUCACUGCAAGCCAAGAUGAAGGACUUGUCCGUCCGAUUUUCAGAAGCAAGUCGUAAACAGAAAGAAAAACUUGCCAAAAUGGAAGAGCUAAAAACCAAAGUAGAACUCUUCGAGAACCUCUCAGAAAAGCUCCAGACAUUUUUAGAAACAAAAACUCAGGCUCUCACUGAGGCUGAUGUGCCAGGAAAAGAUGUUACUGAAUUGUCUCAGUAUAUGCAGGAAUCAACUGCUGAAUUCUUAGAACACAAGAAAGAUCUUGAAGUUUUACACAAUGUUUUGAAGGAGAUAUCUAGCCAUGGCUUGCCAGGUGAUAAGGCUCUGGUUUUUGAAAAAACAAAUAAUUUGUCAAAGAAGUUCAAGGAAAUGGAGGAUACCAUCAAAGAAAAAAAAGAAGCUGUAUCUUCUUGUCAAGAACAGAUGGAUGCUUUCCAAGUCCUUGUUAAGUCACUGAAGUCAUGGAUAAAAGAAACAACGGAAAGAGUUCCCAUUGUGCAGCCUUCUUUUGGUUCAGAGGAUUUAGGAAAAUCUUUAGAAGAAACUAAGAAAUUACAAGAACAGUGGAGUUUAAAAACACCAGAGAUUCAGAAAGUAAACAACAGUGGGAUCUCACUAUGUAACCUAAUCAGCGCUGUGACUACCCCCGCGAAGGCAAUAGCAGCCGUGAAAUCAGGUGGAGUAAUAUUAAAUGGUGAAGGAACAGCCACAGAUACUCAAGAUAUUUUGUCAAAUAAAGGAUUGACGUCCAUUAAAAAGGAUAUGACUGACAUAAGCCAUGGUUAUGAAGAUCUUGGCCUUUUACUUAAGGACAAAAUAGCUGAACUGAAUACUAAACUCUCCAAAUUGCAAAAGGCUCAGGAAGAAUCCAGCUCCAUGAUGCAGUGGCUCCAGAAGAUGAACAAGACUGCGGCCAAGUGGCACCAGGCACCGACACCAACAGACACAGAGGCCGUGAAGACACAGGUGGAGCAGAAUAAGACAUUUGAAGCUGAACUGAAGCAAAAUGUAAACAAGGUACAGGAAUUGAAAGACAAAUUGACAGAGCUCUUGGAGGAGAACCCAGACACUCCUGAGGCCCCCAAGUGGAAACAGAUGCUGACGGAAAUUGAUUCUAAGUGGCAAGAACUCAAUCAGUUAACAGUUGAUAGACAACAAAAACUGGAAGAAUCCUCUAAUAAUCUAACCCAGUUCCAGACUGUAGAAGCUCAGUUAAAACAGUGGCUUGUGGAAAAAGAACUGAUGGUCAGUGUUCUUGGGCCCUUGUCAAUUGACCCAAAUAUGCUGAACACACAGAGGCAGCAGGUGCAGAUUCUGCUGCAAGAAUUUGAUACUCGGAAGCCUCAGUACGAACAGCUAACAGCCGCUGGCCGGGGCAUCUUGAGCAGACCUGGUGAACACCCUUCUUUCCAUGGGAUCGUGAAAGAGCAACUGGCAGCUGUGACCCAAAAGUGGGACAGCCUCACGGGACAAUUGAGCGACAGAUGCAGCUGGAUUGACCAAGCCAUUGUUAAAAGCACGCAGUAUCAAAGCCUGCUGAGAAGCCUUUCUGAUAAACUGAGUGACUUGGAUAAUAAAGUCAGCAGCAGUGUGGCUGUGAGCACACACCCUGAGGCUAUGAACCAGCAGUUGGAAGCAGCCCAAAAAAUGAAGCAGGAACUAGAGCAGGAAAUGAAGCAGAUAAAAGUGGCCCAGGCCCUCUGUGAAGAUUUGUCAGCACUGGUGAAGGAAGAGUACUUGAAAGCAGAGCUUAGUAGGCAACUGGAAGGCAUCUUAAAAUUAUUUAAGGAUGUUGAACAAAAAGCAGAGAAUCAUGUUCAGCACCUUCAGGCAGCCUGUGCAAGCUCUCACCAAUUUCAGCAAAUGUCCCAAGAUUUCCAGGUUUGGCUGGAUACGAAGAAAGAGGAGCAAAACCGUUCUCCCCCAAUAUCAGCCAGACUUGAUGUCUUGGAGUCAUUAAUUAAAGACCAGGAAGACUUUGGUAAAACUCUGUCUGCUCAAUCUAAUAUUUAUGAAAAAACCAUUGCAGAAGGUGAAAAUCUCUUAUUAAAAACACAAGGGUCUGAGAAGGCGGCCUUACAGUCACAACUUAACACAAUUAAAACCAAUUGGGAUGGAUUUAAUAAGCAGGUGAAAGAACGAGAAGACAAGGUAAAAGAUUCACUGGGAAAAGCCCGCAAGUAUAAAGAACAUGUAGAGACUCUCCGGCCAUGGGUAGAUGAAUGUCAGAAUAACCUGGAGGAAAUAAAAUUUUGCUUGGAUCCUGCUGAAACUGAGAAUGCUAUGGCCAAGUUAAAGUCUUUGCAGAAGGAAAUGAACCAACACUUGGGGAUGGUUGAACUGCUCAACAACGCAGCCAACAGCUUGCUCAGUGUCUGUGAGGUAGAUAAAGAGGUUGUUACAGAUGAGAAUAAAUCACUGAUCCAGAAGGUAGAGAUGGUCACUGAACAACUUCACAGUAAGAAACUCUGUCUGGAAAGCAUGGCCCAAAAGUUGAAAGAAUUUCAGGAAGUUUCCAAAGAAACUAAAAGGCAGCUUGAGUGUGUAAAGGAACAGCUGGAUGCCCAUGACUCCCUAGGACCCCAGGCCUACAGUAACAAGUACCUGACCGUGUUGCAGACCCAGCAGAAGGCACUUCAGACUGUAAAGCAUCAGGUAGAUUUGGUCAGAGGACUUGCCCAGGACCUCAUGGUAGAAGCCUCAGACUCAAAGGGAACCUCUGAUAUUUUAUUACAAGCAGAAACCUUAGCUCAAGACCAUAGUGCACUGAAUCAGCAGGUUGAUGAAAGGUGUUCGUUCUUGGAAACAAAACUUCAGGGCAUUGGGCAUUUCCAGAAUACCAUCCGAGAGAUGUUUUCUCAGUUUGCAGAGUUCGAUGAUGAAUUGGAUAGCAUGGCCCCGGUGGGAAGAGAUGUAGACACCUUGCAAAAGCAGAAGGAGGCUAUUCAAGCCUUUCUGAAGAAACUAGAAGCCCUCAUAGCCAGCAACGACAAUGCUAAUAAAACCUGCAAGAUGAUGCUGGCCAUGGAAGAGACCUCACCUGAUCUUGUUGGAAUCAAAAGGGACUUGGAAGCUUUAAGCAAACAAUGCAACAAGUUACUGGAUCGAGCCCAAGCCCGGGAAGAGCAGGUUGAAGGGACAAUUGGACGUCUUGAAGAAUUCUACAGCAAACUGAAGGAAUUUUCUUCUCUGCUUCAGAAGGCUGAAGAACAUGAAGAGUCUCAAGGCCCUGUUGGUAUGGAAACAGAGACAAUUAACCAACAGCUUGACGUGUUCAAGGUAUUCCAAAAAGAAGAGAUUGAACCUUUGCAGAUUAAACAGCAAGACGUAAACUGGUUAGGUCAAGGCCUUAUUCAGAGUGCGGCUAAAAGCACCAGCACACAGGGUUUGGAGCAUGACCUGGACGAUGUCAAUGCCCGCUGGAAGACUCUCAAUAAGAAGGUGGCUCAGCGAGCAGCCCAGCUGCAGGAGGCCCUGCUGCACUGUGGGCGGUUCCAGGACGCUCUGGAGUCCCUGCUCAGCUGGAUGCUGGACACUGAGGAGCUGGUGGCCAAUCAGAAGCCCCCAUCAGCCGAGUUCAAGGUGGUGAAGGCCCAGAUACAAGAGCAGAAGCUUCUCCAAAGAUUGUUGGAUGACCGCAAAUCUACAGUGGAGGUAAUCAAACGAGAAGGAGAAAAAAUUGCUGCAACAGCAGAGCCUGCAGAUAAAGUGAAGAUUUUGAAACAGCUGAGUCUCUUGGAUAGUAGAUGGGAGGCAUUGCUUAAUAAAGCUGAAACGAGGAAUCGUCAGUUGGAAGGUAUCUCGGUGGUAGCACAGCAAUUUCAUGAAACCCUAGAACCAUUGAAUGAGUGGCUUACAACCAUAGAAAAGAGGCUGGCGAAUUGUGAGCCCAUAGGAACCCAAGCGUCAAAACUUGAAGAACAAAUUGCACAGCACAAAGCCUUAGAAGAUGACAUCAUCCAUCACAAUAAACAUUUACACCAGGCUGUUAGCAUUGGCCAGUCCUUAAAGGUUUUGAGCUCCAGGGAGGAUAAAGAUAUGGUGCAAAAUAAAUUAGACUCCUCUCAAGUGUGGUACAUUGAGAUUCAAGAGAAAAGUCACAGCAGGUCUGAGCUCCUCCAGCAGGCCUUAUGUAAUGCUAAGAUUUUUGGGGAAGAUGAAGUUGAGCUGAUGACUUGGCUGAACGAAGUGCAUGACAAACUCAGCAAGCUCUCAGUCCAGGACUACAGCGCUGAGGGGCUGUGGAAGCUGCAGUCUGAACUUCGGGUUCUGCAAGAGGACAUCCUACUCAGAAAACAAAAUGUAGAUCAGGCAUUACUAAAUGGCUUAGAACUACUAAAACAAACAACAGGUGAUGAAGUUUUAAUAAUUCAAGAUAAAUUGGAAGCCAUUAAAGUGAGGUACAAAGACAUUACGAAAUUGAGCACGGAUGUAGCCAAGACUCUGGAACAGGCCCUGCAGCUCGCGAGGCAGCUGCACUCCACGCGUGAGGAGCUCUGCACCUGGCUGGACAGAGUGGAGGUGGAAUUACUUUCCUAUGAGACGCAGGUCCUGACAGGAGACGCAGCAAGCCAAGCACAAGCGAGGCAGAAAGAACUGAAAAAGGAAGCAAAGAACAGCAAAGCCUUGUUGGACUCCCUUAAUGAAGUGAGCAGUGCUUUACUGGAGCUGGUACCAUGGAGGGCAAGGGAAGGACUUGAAAAAAUGGUGGCCGAGGACAAUGAGCGCUACCGGUUAGUGAGCGAUACCAUCACUCAAAAGGUGGAGGAGAUCGAUGCCGCCAUUCUGAGAUCCCAGCAGUUUGACCAGGCAGCUGGUGCCGAGUUAUCCUGGAUUGCUGAGACUGAAAAGAAAUUGAUGUCUCUGGGUGACAUCAGGCUUGAGCAAGAGCAGACCUCUGCUCAGCUGCAGCUUCAAAAGACAUUCACCAUGGAGAUUUUGCGACACAAGGAUAUUAUUGAUGAACUUGUUAAAUCUGGACAUAAAAUCAUGGCCACAUGCAGUGAAGAAGAAAAGCAAUCAAUGAAGAAAAAAUUGGACAAAGUGUUGAAGAACUAUGAUGCCAUCUGCCAGGUAAACUCAGAGAGGUAUCUACAGCUAGAACGGGCACAGUCCCUGGUUAACCAGUUCUGGGAAACCUAUGAAGAGCUUUGGCCGUGGCUGACAGAAACACAAAGAAUCAUCUCUCAACUUCCUGCCCCAGCCCUUGAAUAUGAGACUCUAAGACAACAGCAGGAAGAGCAUCGGCAACUGCGAGAGCUGAUAGCCGAACACAAGCCUCAUAUAGAUAAGAUGAACAAAACUGGGCCACAGUUACUGGAAUUGAGCCCAGGCGAAGGCUUUUCUAUCCAAGAGAAGUACGUGGCAGCUGACACCCUUUACAGUCAAAUUAAAGAGGAUGUCAAAAAGCGGGCCGUGGCGUUGGAUGAAGCUAUUUCUCAGUCUACUCAGUUCCAUGACAAGAUAGACCAGAUCCUUGAAAGCCUGGAACGCAUUGUGGAGCGUUUGAGGCAGCCACCUUCGAUCUCAGCUGAGGUGGAGAAGAUUAAGGAGCAGAUCAGUGAGAAUAAGAAUGUGUCAGUGGACAUGGAGAAGCUACAGCCAUUGUAUGAAACUCUUAAAAAGCGGGGAGAAGAAAUGAUCGCAAGAUCUGAGGGCACUGACAAAGACAUAUCUGCCAGAGCUGUUCAGGAUAAGCUUGACCAAAUGGUUUUCAUUUGGGAGAACAUACACACACUGGUGGAAGAAAGGGAGGCCAAACUACUGGAUGUAAUGGAAUUAGCAGAAAAGUUCUGGUGUGAUCACAUGUCAUUGGUAGUAACCACUAAAGAUACACAAGAUUUCAUCCGGGAUCUAGAGGAUCCUGGAAUUGAUCCUUCAGUAGUUAAACAGCAACAAGAAGCAGCAGAGGCCAUAAAGGAAGAAAUAGAUGGACUACAGGAAGAGCUGGAUAUAGUUAUUAACUUGGGUUCUGAACUCAUUGCUGCAUGUGGGGAACCCGAUAAACCCAUUGUCAAGAAGAGUAUAGAUGAGUUAAAUUCAGCCUGGGAUUCUCUAAAUAAGGCUUGGAAAGACCGGGUGGACAAGCUCGAGGAGGCGAUGCAGGCUGCCGUCCAGUACCAAGACGGACUGCAGGCCGUGUUUGACUGGGUAGAUAUUGCGGGUGGUAAAUUAGCUUCAAUGUCACCAAUUGGAACAGAUCUUGAAACUGUCAAGCAGCAGAUUGAGGAGCUAAAGCAAUUUAAGUCCGAGGCCUACCAACAGCAGAUAGAAAUGGAGAGACUGAACCAUCAAGCAGAGCUUUUGCUGAAGAAAGUAACAGAAGAGAGUGACAAACACACUGUUCAAGACCCAUUAAUGGAGCUGAAAUUGAUAUGGGAUAGUCUGGAUGAAAGAAUUAUCAACAGACAGCAUAAGCUGGAGGGGGCUCUGUUAGCCCUGGGCCAGUUCCAGCACGCCCUGGAUGAGCUGUUGACCUGGCUGACGCACACCGAGGGCCUGCUCAGUGAGCAGAAACCUGUGGGAGGAGAUCCUAAGGCCAUUGAAAUUGAACUUGCCAAGCAUCACGUGCUUCAAAAUGAUGUAUUAGCCCAUCAGUCCACAGUGGAAGCUGUUAAUAAAGCAGGAAAUGACCUAAUUGAAUCAAGUGCAGGAGAAGAAGCAAGUAGCCUUCAGAACAAGCUAGAGGUUUUAAAUCAACGCUGGAAAAAUGUUUUGGAAAAAACAGAACAAAGGAAGCAGCAGCUGGACGGUGCCUUGCGCCAGGCCAAAGGGUUCCAUGGUGAGAUUGAGGAUUUGCAGCAGUGGCUAAAGGACACGGAGCGUCAUUUGUUAGCAUCCAAGCCGCUGGGAGGUUUACCGGAAACAGCCAGGGAGCAGCUUAAUGCCCACAUGGAAAUCUGUGCUGCCUUUGAUGUUAAAGAAGAAACAUACAAAAGUCUGAUGCAGAAAGGCCAGCAGAUGCUUGCAAGAUGCCCCAAAUCUGCAGAGACAAUUGACCAAGACUUAAAUAACUUGAAAGAAAAAUGGGAAUUGGUGGAAACCAAGCUCAAUGAAAGGAAAACUAAACUGGAAGAGGCCCUCAACUUGGCAAUGGAGUUCCACAAUUCUCUCCAAGACUUCAUCAACUGGCUAACCCAGGCAGAGCAGACCCUAAAUGUAGCUUCUCGGCCAAGUCUUAUCUUGGACACCGUCUUGUUUCAAAUCGAUGAACACAAGGUCUUUGCCAAUGAAGUAAAUUCUCACCGUGAGCAGAUAAUAGAGCUGGACAAAACUGGAACCCACCUGAAAUAUUUCAGUCAGAAACAAGAUGUUGUCCUAAUUAAGAAUCUAUUGAUCAGUGUCCAGAGUCGAUGGGAAAAAGUGGUUCAACGGUUAGUAGAAAGAGGAAGAUCUUUGGAUGAGGCAAGGAAGAGAGCCAAGCAGUUUCAUGAAGCAUGGAGUAAACUUAUGGAAUGGCUAGAGGAAUCAGAACAGUCUUUGGAUUCUGAGCUGGAAAUUGCCAAUGAUCCAGACAAGAUAAAAACACAACUUGCACAGCAUAAGGAGUUUCAGAAAUCACUUGGAGCCAAGCAUUCUGUCUACGACACCACCAACAGAACUGGACGUUCCCUGAAGGAGAAAACCACCCUGGCUGAUGACAACCUGAAACUGGAUGACAUGCUGAGUGAACUCAGAGACAAAUGGGAUACCAUCUGUGGAAAAUCUGUGGAAAGACAAAAUAAAUUGGAGGAAGCCCUGUUAUUUUCUGGACAAUUCACAGAUGCCUUACAGGCCCUCAUUGAUUGGCUGUAUAGAGUUGAACCCCAGCUGGCAGAAGACCAGCCUGUCCACGGAGACAUUGAUUUAGUGAUGAAUUUGAUCGAUAAUCACAAGGUUUUCCAGAAAGAACUGGGGAAGAGGACCAGCAGCGUGCAGGCCCUGAAGCGCUCGGCACGAGAGCUCAUCGAGGGCAGCCGAGACGACUCCUCCUGGGUCAAGGUCCAGAUGCAGGAACUGAGCACACGCUGGGAGACCGUGUGUGCACUGUCCAUAUCCAAGCAGACCCGCUUGGAAGCAGCCCUGCGGCAGGCAGAGGAAUUUCACUCAGUGGUGCAUGCCCUCCUGGAGUGGCUGGCAGAGGCCGAGCAAACCCUUCGUUUCCAUGGUGCUCUCCCAGAUGAUGAGGAUGCCCUUCGGACACUCAUUGAUCAGCAUAAAGAGUUCAUGAAGAAACUGGAAGAAAAACGGGCCGCGCUGAAUAAAGCUACCAGUAUGGGAGAUGCCGUCCUGGCCAUCUGCCACCCUGACUCCAUCACCACCAUCAAACACUGGAUGACCAUCAUCCGGGCCAGGUUUGAGGAGGUGCUGGCCUGGGCGAAGCAGCAUCAACAGAGAUUAGCAAGUGCUCUGGCUGGGCUCAUUGCGAAACAGGAAUUGCUGGAAGCUUUGCUGGCUUGGUUGCAGUGGGCUGAAACUACACUAAGCGACAAGGACAAAGAAGUCAUCCCCCAGGAAAUCGAAGAGGUGAAAGCCCUCAUCGCAGAACACCAGACCUUCAUGGAGGAAAUGACCAGAAAACAACCUGAUGUGGACAAAGUUACCAAGACCUACAAGAGGAGAGCGGCUGAUCCUUCCUCAUUACAGUCCCAUAUUCCGGUCCUGGAUAAGGGGCGAGCAGGAAGAAAACGCUUUCCGGCGUCAAGCUUAUAUCCCUCUGGAUCACAGACACAAAUCGAAACCAAGAAUCCGAGGGUCAAUUUAUUGGUGAGCAAAUGGCAGCAAGUUUGGCUCCUUGCAUUGGAAAGGAGGAGGAAGCUUAAUGACGCCUUGGACAGACUGGAGGAGCUGAGGGAAUUUGCUAACUUUGAUUUUGAUAUCUGGCGUAAAAAAUACAUGAGAUGGAUGAAUCAUAAGAAAUCUCGAGUGAUGGACUUCUUCAGGAGAAUUGAUAAAGAUCAGGAUGGGAAAAUAACCCGACAAGAAUUUAUUGAUGGAAUUCUUUCCUCAAAGUUUCCAACCAGCCGCCUGGAGAUGAGCGCGGUGGCAGACAUCUUUGACCGAGAUGGUGAUGGAUAUAUUGACUACUAUGAAUUUGUAGCAGCUCUUCACCCAAAUAAAGAUGCAUAUAAACCCGUCACCGAUGCGGACAAAAUCGAAGACGAGGUGACAAGGCAGGUAGCGAAGUGUAAAUGUGCAAAACGAUUUCAAGUUGAACAGAUUGGAGACAACAAAUAUAGGUUCUUCCUGGGAAAUCAGUUUGGAGACUCCCAGCAGCUGCGACUUGUUCGGAUCCUACGAAGUACUGUGAUGGUUCGUGUCGGAGGUGGAUGGAUGGCACUUGAUGAGUUCUUAGUGAAAAAUGAUCCUUGCAGGGCUAAAGGAAGGACAAACAUGGAGCUCCGGGAGAAGUUCAUUUUAGCAGAUGGUGCCAGUCAGGGUAUGGCUGCCUUCCGACCCCGGGGCCGAAGAUCACGGCCUUCAUCACGAGGAGCGUCACCCAACCGAUCAACUUCUGUAUCCAGUCAGGCUGGCCAGGCAGCCUCGCCACAGGUCCCUGCCGCCAGCACACCCAAGAUUCUCCAUCCUUUAACACGCAAUUAUGGUAAACCAUGGUUGACAAACAGCAAAAUGUCAACUCCUUGUAAACCAGCAGAGUGCUCAGACUUUUCCGUGCCAUCUGCAGAGGGCACACCAAUCCAAGGAAGCAAGCUUCGGCUCCCCGGCUAUUUAUCAGGGAAAGGUUUCCACUCUGGGGACGACAGUGGCUUGAUAACUACAGCAGCAGCCAGAGUCCGAACACAGUUUGCUGACCCCAAGAAGACUCCCAGCAGACCCGGAAGCCGAGCCGGAAGCAAAGCUGGCAGCAGGGCCAGCAGCCGCCGAGGCAGCGACGCAUCCGACUUUGACAUUUCAGAAAUCCAGUCCGUGUGCUCCGACGUGGAGACUGUGCCCCAGACACACAGGCCUACCCCCCGAGCAGGUUCUCGGCCAGCCACAGCCAAGCCUUCCAAAAUCCCCACGCCCCAGAGGAAAUCACCUGCCAGCAAAUUGGACAAGUCCAACAAGAGAUAGUGCACUUGGUUCCACCACGGCCCUUCCUUGAGCAUUUAUUAUUUAAGCUUGAAAGAUGUAAAAUAUGAUGUAGAAAUUAUUGUGAAAUAAUUACGAGAAGUGAGUUUAAAAUUCUGCAGAUGGCCUUAUUUGUGUAUUUGUCUUUUUAUUUUAUCUGUAAAAUGUUUU